AUGCAGUUCUCCGCCGUCAUUCUCCUUGGCCUCGCCAGCGCCGUCUCUGCCAGACCUUUCAACUGGCUCGACUUGUUCAAUUUCCCGACCAGCGAUGAUCUGCCACUACCAAGUGCUCCCACUAACAUUCCAACCGGAACUGGCACCACCUUCACCGUCACUCCUACCGGAACCGGCACCGCCCCUAUGCCCACCGGCACUGGCACUGGAAUCCCAGUCCCAACUGGAACUGGCACUCUGCCUUACCCAACAGGCACAGUCACGGACACCGCCGUUCCAUCCGGCACCUACCACUUCCCAACCAGCAUCCCAACCCCAUAUGUUUAA